AUGGGUCUUGAAGAAGAGAGACAAAAAGUUAAUUUUUGUGUCACGAACCUUUCCCGUUUUUUAAUUUCUCAAGUACUCCCAGAAGUUUCUUUUGAAAGAUGGAGAGAGCUAAAAGAAAAAAUCAUUAAAGUCCCAGCCUUAAUUAAUUCAUUAGAAUGCUACUCAGAUACAAGAGAAGAUGCCCUCAAUAGAGGAAUCAGACACGGCAUGGCUUUGAGAGAUUUUAGCAUCAGAGAAAAAUUAACCUCUGCAGAAAGAAGAAUUGUUAUGGGUUUCUUUCCUCAGUUGAGCCCUUACAUUCUUCACUAUGAUUUCUUUAUGAAUGGCUUCUUUCUUCAGGCUAGCGAGGAACAAAAAGCUCAAUUUGCAGAUAAAUUUGAAACCUUAUAUCCUAUCUAAAUGAAUUUUAGUCAAAUUAUUCUUUUUCAGUAUAAAGGCUAAUUAAUGGUUAAGGUAUAGAAGUUGUCGGUUGUUAUGCCCAAACUGAGCUUGGCCAUGGCUCAAAUGUAAGAGGCCUUGAAACUCAAGCCAUUUAUCAUGCUGAACGAGAUGAAUUUAUUUUAAACAGUCCUACAAUAACAUCAAUGAAGUGGUGGAUUGGAGGACUAGGCAUUGCUGCAACACACGCAUUAGUCGUUGCUAAACUUAUUGUCAAAGAACAAGAUCUCGGGCCACAUACAUUUUUUGUCCAAAUCAGAAACAUGAAGACUCAUUCUCCAUUGCCUGGAGUUUUUGUAGGAGAUAUUGGCCCAAAGCCAGCAAAUCACGCCACAGAUAAUGGAUUUUUAAGGUUUGAGUUUGCUAGAGUCCCAAAAAGUGCAAUGCUAACAAGAUUUGCAAGAAUAAACGAUAAAGGAGAUUAUGAAAUUUUAGAUCCAAACGCUUUAAAAAUUUUAUAUUCCUCAAUUGUAAGAGCUAGAACUAAUUUAGUCAAAGACGCCUGGCAUUUUUCAGUUAUCGCAGCAACCAUUGGUAUUCGCUAUUCACUAGUAAGAGAGCAAUUCCCAGACCCAGAAAAUCCUAAAGCUGAGCGAAAAUUAAUCGACUAUCAAAUCCAAAGAUAUAAGCUAUUCACAGUCUUAUCAAGACUCUAUGCGACCGUAUUUGUGAGGUCGUCAAUUACUGAGCUUUAUAAUGAAUCUGAAAGAUUAGAUUAGAUUAGAUUAAUUAGUUUUAGCCGGUCACGGAGGUUUAUUUCAGCCUCUACCCAGCGCUGCCAGCUUCAGGCUUGCGCCCUAAGCACCGGCUCUGUUACUCACUCCAUUUUCUGUCGACGUCACCAAAAAAUGGUGACGUCGUCAUCUGACAGGGAGACUCACCCAGGUACUCCUUUGAUCAGGGUCUAGUCACCCGGCGCCGUCCUUUCUGGGGAGGGGGGAAAAGUAGCCUUCCGGAGUCUUCUUCAGGUCCCCAAGCUCCACUACAAGCUUCCUCACUUCCUUCUAGUCCUGAAGUGUGACUCCUGAUUCUGCGGCUCUGGUCUUCUCGUCUUUGUGAGAGGCAAAAAACCUUGUCGUGGUGUCCCGACCAAGGUAAAAAAACCCACCCUGGACACAAUAUCCAGGCCCCGUUUACUUCUUAACCCCGUAGUCCCUGAGGGUACAGGAGAAGGACGGGUCGGAUGGCUCGCCAUUUUAAUUGUGUGAAUCUGAAAGAAGAAUGGUAACUUUUGACGGCUCUUUACUAGGAGAACUACAUGCUUUAUCGUCACUUUAUAAAGGAUAUAUCACAGCAAUAACAUUAGAAAAUAUUGAAACAUGUAGGAGAUGCUGUGGAGGACAUGGAUACUCCAUGUAUUCAGGCCUCCCAAGCUUAUACGCUACCUAUUUGCCGUCAGUCACUUAUGAUGGUGACAAUAGUAUACUAACCCUUCAAGCAGUCAGAUAUAUGGUAAAUACCAUUAAAAAAAUCAAUAAAGGUCAGCCUGUCCCUGAUAAAUAUUCAUUUUUAGCUAAACCUAUCCCCAAUCUUUCAGGAACCCAAAACCCAGCCUGUCCUAAUUUCCACCAAGCUUGUUUCCAGGCCAUUUCUCAUUACACGCUACAUAAGCUCGCCAAAAAAGAAGCCGACUAUCUCAAAAUUGGUGCGAAAAAAGAAAAAGUUUGGUCAGAUUAUUUACAAGUAGAAGGGAUAGAAGCUGCAGAAACCUUUUUCUAUGUCUCGUCCCAUGAAGACUUUAUUAAAGGACUGUCAUUAAUUACUGAUCAAAACACUAGACAAGCUGUUGAGUAUUUGCGUCAAAUCUAUGCUAUAAGUGAGAUGGAGAAAUAUAAUGGACUUCUUUUAAACCUAGGAGCCUCUGUAGAAACAAUUGAAAAUAUGAAGCAGACUUUAUUAGAAGCUCUGGAUAAAGCAAGAAAUAACGCGAUUGGACUUAUAGAAGCUUUUGAUGAGCCGGAUGAAAUUUUAAAUUCGGUUCUUGGGAGAAGGGAUGGGAAUGUUUAUCAAUCUAUGCUGAAUGCAGCAAAAUAUUUGAACCCUAUUAAUAAGACUAGUGUCUACCCAGGGAUUCAGCAGUAUUUAAGGCCUAAAAUUUAG